UUAGUAAUGUGAUCUUUAUAAUGUGCAUAAUAAUGCGUUCUACUUUUGAUUUGGUGAUGCUGUUGAAUGGUUUAUUUGUGAUAGCAAAUGCCCAGACAGAGAUUCCUGGAGUCUGCUCAACGUAUGUAAACAUUUUAUUGUAUAAUACUCCCUUUAUGAUGUUUUAUAUAUUUUAACAUUCUGUUUUGGAUUUUUCCAUUCAUUGCUUCAUGAAAACUUUCCUCCGAACAGAAAUGGUAAACCUCUACAAUGUUGUCGUAAUUACAAAAGACGUGGUGAUUCAUGUGAAGGUAAUUAUCAAAAUAUUUGAUAUAUUACUGAACUCGUUUUAUUAUCGUAAUAGAUGUAUUAUAUAAGUAAUGUCUUCUAACAGAAUGUUGGCCAGGCACGUUUGGCAUAGCUUGUAAGGAGAACUGUCCUGACGGGUUCUAUGGACGUUUGUGUGCAGAAGUCUGUGAUUGUCCUUCGUGUGACAAGGUCUCUGGGUGUAAUUUUUCAACUCAGACUGGUAAGAAAAAUAUUUGUGUGCAAUUUUAAGUCUUAUUUCUCUGAAAUCGCAAACUUUCUAGUCUCUCAUUGAUAAUUUCAUAUUCCUAACCAAUAGCUCUUACAAAUCCACUUUUAUCUUAAACCACGAAAUUGUUUGUUUGGUGCUGAUUUAUUUCAUUUUGAUACAUCCAGGAUCUCCCUUUGUUGAUAGUGUGAUAUGGUUUAUAUUCAACGAGUUGUGCGUUUUCUAUCGCUGAGCCUUGAUGAGGGGAUAGAAAACACAACGAGUUGGAUAUAGAUCAUAUUAGACCACAAACCAUGGAAGAUAAUUUUUAUCACAUGUUAACUCUCCUUCCCCGAAUAUUCAUUUACGUUGCUGUUUUGUCGGGAGUUUUGUUUCAAGAUAUUUUGUAAACAAACUACGUAAAAUUGACGUUUGUUUGUGACGUGACAAACGGCGUAGGAAAACAUAGUGUAAUUAUUACAAAUUAUGUAAUAGGUGAUAUCCACUGGAUAAAGGAGUAAACACGUGAUAAAAUUUCAUGUUGAAUCCAUCUAUUGAAAGAUUAAAAAUGAGCGUAUGGAACUUAUUUCUUCUCCCAUCCUUUUAUAUUGACUGCAGAAAAGAAAAAUCUAAACAUUAAUGUUAUAGUAGAAUGUCAUAUACAUGUGAAGUGAUAUGGGGGGGAUGCAAAGAUAACAAACAGUGAUCAAUCCUAUAGGGAAUACGAUGUUGAAAUUUGGGGAAACGCGAACACUAAAUCACCAGAGAUGGGAUAAUGUACCUAGGAAGAGUAAGCAUCCCCUGACGAUUGGUCACACCCACCAUAAGCCCUCUCCAUCUUUAACCAGAAUUAAAUUUGGUCACAUAAACACCAUAAAUUAAAUAUGUAAUAGUAUCAGUUACAUGGCCUUCCCAUUAGCUCUGGCUAGUGCGUUGACCCUUUAGCUCGAUCUUGUGCCAUAGGUCCAGGGCUUGAUUCCCAGCAGCGGCAUAUACCAGUCUCUGUUACAUAUAGAGUUACCGAUGUAAGAUAAUUUUCAUCAGAAACUCAUUUAUCUCUUAUUAUUAUAUUCCCAGGUAAGGAUAUCAAUUUUAUUUCAGACAAUUCCAAUAAUGAGAGCGUUAUCAUUGGUUCAUCAUUGGCAGGAAGUCUUACUUUCAUAAUAGUUAUCGUCAUCUACUGCAAAAAGAGGUAAAAUGGGAAAAUUUCAAUUGGCAUUGGAUGAGAGCUUGGGAAGUCUUCAGAAUCAUUUGAUGAUUUGAUAAUUUUAUGGUUUCUAUAAAAGAAAUUUAUCCCGUGUUUGUGGAAAUAUAAAUGUUUCUAGAAUUUUUGAAUACAUAAUAUGGCGAUUCAAAUGCCAUGUGAAAUGGUUUGUAUCGUUUUGGUUCUAUAUCUACGAAGCUCAGUAGAUAAGUAUCGGGGUACUGGCAUGCAGAUCCCGAGUUCAAAUUCAUCCCAGUAGAUAAGUAUCGGGGUACUGGUACGCAGAUCCCGAGUUCACAUCCGCCAAACCGCCGCGGUGACCGAGAGGUUAGAGCGUUCGUCCCGCAUGCGGAAGGCCGGGAUUCGAAUACCGGCCGCGACAUACCUAAGUCGUUAAAAUAGGUAGUGACAGUUCCAUCGUAAAACGCUCGGCAUAAGGUGUGAAUGUCACGGGUCCUCGGAGAUGACCUUAAAAACGGAUGUACCGUGUCACAGUAGGUGUGGCACGCUAAAGAACCCUAACUGCUCAAUGGCUAUAAGCGUCAGGAAUAGGCCUAAAUUUAAAGCCCUUCUCCGGUCUUGGUGACGUCUCCAUAUGAGUGAAAAAUUCUCGAGCGAAACGUUAAGCAAGAUACAAUCAAUCAAUCAAUCAAUUAAUCAAAUCCACCAGCGUCUUUGUUUUUGUUAAAAUAAAUUUUUGAAACUCGUGGCUUUUUUCUCCAAAUUGCUUUUUUUUUUUUUUUUACCCUUUUGAUAUAUGUACUUAUUGCCUAUCAUCAAAUUUUUCAAGACUACGGCAUUUGUUGCUGAUUUGAUAAACGUUUUCAGAGUGUAAUGAGGCAACUUGAUGUUUCUUCUACCGUUCCAAUUGUCGGUUUAUUUCCAAUGAUUUUAGUAAGAAUAUACCUUUCUUGUAUUACAGCAGAAACAGAACCUUAAUGACUCCAGAUUCAUUGAUUCAAAAAGGCGGAUUACAAGUCAGUAAGAUACCAUUGAAUAAAUUUCCUCAACUCAGUCCAUCUUCCAGUAACGCAGCUGAUAAUGGUGAUCCAGAGUCAACAUUUCACGGCGGGAAGUUUGAACCGUUAGAACCUCAAAUGUGUUGUCAGCAAAAUGAUUUUACUGAUAAUUCGAUAAAUUCAAAAGAGACUAAUCAUGUUAAGCUGUCGUCUUCAGACAGUGUGUACAGUCAUAUGAAGAUGGAUGUCGAUCAUUAUCACAAAUUAGAUAUGUCAUUCGACAAUAGUCAGGAAACUGAUGAAGACCUCUACUCUCCACACAGUUCAAACAGUUGUUGCAAUAAUACAGACUCGGGGUGUUCAUCGAAAAACAACGAGAAUGGAUCUUUAUCAUCCGUAAAGCAGUGCAGCGAAACUCUAAACAAAAAUUCACAAACAGCAGAUAUAUUUGAAACCCAUGACAUCCGAGAAACAGGAAAUUUUAAAACUGGUAUGACGAAUAAAAAUGGAAUUUCAUCAGUAAAGAUGAAGAUAGAAGCAAUGCACUUAGAAGAAUUGUCAAGAAAACUGCGUAACUUUAAACAGUACCCUGAAGAUAUCGAAUUCAAUGAUUUGGUGUAGUUUCAAGUUGCAUUCAUUUACAAAAAAACUCAUACAAACAGAAAAAUACUAAAAAAAAAAAAAACCCA